GUCAGCGCGCGUGCUCCGUGCGGGAUGCUGAAUUGUAGGUGAUGAUGGCGGAAGGGGAGCACCGCUGAGUUUCAUCUGAGUUUUCACCACAGCUGUAGAACCAUCUACAACAUCGUUUCUGUCCAUCGAGACCUAUCCCGAGGCGAUGGGGAACGAGGCCAGCAUGGAAGGGGAGGGACAGGCGGGACAGCCCGGCCCCGCCGUCCCUGCAGCAGGGGCUCCGGCUUCCAUUUCAGCACCACCGGACUCUGGACAGCUCAUCAAGCCCAGCAAUGGAGCGCCAGCCGGAGGAAGUGGGGCUGGACCCGGGCCGGGGAUUAACAGGCCACCUCCAUCAGACUCAGGACCUAAAGCAGGCGGCCAGAUCGGUCAUGGGACAGGUGACAGGUUGGCUUCCCAUGACACCCCACAGCAUGCUGCGCCUCAUGGAGAGCAAGGCCAGGGCCAUGUGGCCAGGAAGAGUCUGCAGGUGGACGUCGGUAGUAGCAGAACUGGGAGGUCCCCUUCUGCGUCCCCAGACCGAGGCAGUGUCCCCACCUCCCCUUACUCUGUGCCUCAAAUAGCACCCAUGCCCAGCAGCAAACUGUGCCCCGUCUGCAAAACCACCGACUUGAUGGGCACUGGGGAUGACAAGCCGAACAUCAACACCUGCACGCAGUGCCGCUCCAUGGUGUGCAACCAGUGUGGCUUCAACCCAAACCCUCACCUAACAGAGGUCCAAGAGUGGUUAUGUCUAAACUGUCAAAUGCAGAGAGCACUGGGGAUGGAUAUGACCACACCACGUUCCAAGAGUCAGCAACAGAUUCACUCUCCUUCUCAUGCAACCAAUCCAGAACCUAAACCUAACGCUUCAGCUCAGCCCACACCUCAGACACAUACACCUCCUCAGACGCAGCCUCCAUUGCAGGCCCAUCCAGUGCCUGGCCCUACCAAACAGACUGGUCCAGCUGGCGCAGGUCAGCAGCAAGCAAGGCUGCCUCCAGGGGCAGUCCCUCUCCCUGGGAUGGCCAAGGCCCCAUCCCAGCCUGAUUUAUCCCGUAGUUCACCCGCCCACCAACCCCAGCACCCACGCCAGGACCAGACGCGCAGUGCAGGAAGCUCCCCUUCACGACAGCCCCCACCUCCAGAGCAAACCUUCGGGAAGUUGUUUGGCUUUGGUGCGUCUCUUCUCAACCAAGCAAGCACUCUGAUAUCAGAGACUACUCAACCCCAACAGCAGCCCCCUAAACCAGCCCCCAAACCAGGAGGACCUCCUGGUCCAGGAGCUGGGGCAGGUAAACCCUCAGGACCUCAGUCUGCACAACAAGGGCCUCGACCCCCUUCUCAGCAGCAGCAACAGCAAAGGGGACAAGAGGCCAAAGCCUCUUGUCCCCUUUGUAAAACAAAUCUCAACAUAGGCAACACAGCAGAACAACCCAACUACAACACCUGCACACAGUGCCGCUCUCAAGUGUGCAACAUGUGUGGAUUCAAUCCCACUCCACACAUAGUCGAGAAGAAAGAAUGGUUAUGCUUGAACUGCCAGACACAGCGGGCCCUGUCAGGAAGCUUGGGAGAUAUUCCAGCUCCUGUUCCACAGCCAAUGGCAUCCCCCCGGUCACCUGUUCCAGCCAAUCAACAACCACCUCAACAGAAAGGGCCCAAUCAACUAUCAGGGCCCAGGACCACAGGUCCUCAACAACAACAGAAACCAGCGGGUCCCCAAGUAAGUGGCCCUCUCUCUAAUGUGAAACAGGCUGGGCCUACCUCUGAAACCAAAGGUUCUGCCCAACUUAAGAGUUCAACCCAGCCACCUUCCCAAGUUAAGGGUCCAACACAACCCACGGCUCAGAGUAAGGGACCUGGUCAGGUUAAGGGUCCUACUCAGUCACACGCUCAAAGUAAGGUCCCUGCUCAGCCAGCUAACCAGACGAAGGGCCCGAGCCAGGCCAAAGGGCUGACUCAGACAAAGGUAUCUGCUCAGCCCUCUGCUCAGACUAAGGGCCCUUCUGGUCCCAAGACUUCAUCUACCCCUGGUAAAGCUGCACCCAGCAAUGCCAAGGCUUCUUCCACCCCUUCAAAAACCAUACCUACUCAGUCUAAACCCACAGGUAACAACCAGGCCCGCAAACAUCUGCAAAGCCAGGAGAAGACUAAAGUUGCAUCUAAAUCUCUAAAAGAAGACGUCAAAGCCUCGCCAAAGAAGGCAUUGUCAGAGACUGUCACUUCUCCAAAAGACACGAAGAUACCUGAAGAUGCACAGAAGUCAAGACACCAUGAAGAUUCCAACAAAUCAAGUUCUCAGAGUUUAAGUGACACUGGAUACUCUUCAGAUGGCAUCUCCAGUUCUCAUGGGGAAAUUACUGGUCAGAUUCGGGAAGAAGGAAUCAAGCUCAGUGAAAGAGGUGCCUCCAUCCCCUCAGAAAUCACCAAGCUGGAGAGCUCCAUGAAACCUCUGUUGGAGUCAAAGAGUACUUCAGAUCAGAAGCACAGGCCACAUUCACUGUCGGUAGGACAGGACAUCAGUCCCGAUGACGAUGCAGCAAGAGAUGAAUCAGAAGAUGACCUCAGUUGUAAGCUUCGGCAUGAUUACGUGGAGGACAGCAGUGAAAGUGGUCUCUCACCAUUGCCAGUAAGACAGAAGAAGUCACAUAAAGAUUUAACAGAUGAAGAAUACAUGAGGAGGCAAAUUAUGGAGAUGAGUGCUGAUGAAGAAGAUUUAGAAGAUUAUGGAAAUCAGAAAGUAAAAAAGUCACAUAAAACAAGUGGAGACUUAAACAAAGAGAGGCGACGACUCUCUCAUCAUUCUAAUAGUUUUGAGGAUGACGCCAAGGUUUCAGAAGGGGCUUAUAAGGCAAAUGAAGAAGAAGACGUUGUGAUCGCUGGAGGCCUUCGCCGCUUUAAAACCAUUGAGCUAAAUAACACCAACAGCUACAAUCGAGACAUGGAGCUCAGUACUGAGCAUGACCUAAGAGAACCAGAGCUAGAGAUGGAAAGUCUGACUGGGUCUCCAGAGGAGCGGUCUAAAGGAGAGUAUUCAUCAACUCUGCCUGCCACCACCCCCAGCUACACCUCUGGAACAUCCCCCACAUCUGUGUCAUCCAUGGAGGAUGACAGUGACAGCAGCCCUAGCCGUAGGGCACGACUAGAGGAGGCUAAGCAGCAGAGAAAGGCUCGCCAUCGUUCCCAUGGGCCCCUGCUGCCAACCAUUGAGGACUCAUCUGAGGAGGAUGAGCUUAGAGAGGAGGAAGAACUACUUAGAGAACAGGAGCAAAUGAGAGAUUUAGAGCAACAGAGGAUCAGAAGUACUGCCCGAAAAACAAAAAGGGAUAAAGAAGAGCUACGAGCCCAAAGACGCAGAGAAAGGUCCAAAACUCCUCCAAGUAAUCUCUCUCCUAUCGAGGAUGCAUCACCAACAGAGGAGCUGAGGCAGGCUGCUGAGAUGGAGGAACUUCACAGAUCGUCAUGUUCGGAGUACUCACCUUCUAUGGACUCUGAGGCAGAAGGCUUUGAGAUAAUUGGUGGAAAGCUUUACAAAUCAGGAAAUGAGUAUAACCUUCCAACCUUUACUUCUCUCUACUCUCCAACAGAAAAGACAGCAGUUUUACCAUCUGAUAAAACACUGAAAAGUGCAGAGGAAGUGUACGAGGAGAUGAUGAAGAAAGCACAGCUCAUGCAGAGGCAGGGGCAAGCUGUUAAUCAGCGGAAAAGUACCUCUCAGUCUGAUGAUAAGCAUCAUCUUGAAGCUGGAACUGCACUCACCCCUGGCUCAAGCCCAACACAGGUUACUGCACCUAUGUCCUUCUCUACAACAGGCAGUGAUCCAAGAAUUCCAGGUAUUCAUGCAGCACAGCAUCUAUCAAAAGAAACACAAAACAGGAUGAUGACACAGAGUGCCAAAAUUGAAGGUGUUGUUGGAGUUGCCACAACAAAAGCUGUGAGUCAUACUGUGACAAAUCGCCAAACAGGUGGCCCGGUACCUGCUGGCACCAAGGUAGGCUCCCAGAGGCCAACACAGGCACCAUCUGACCCUGGAACAUCCUCCCUGACCUCCAGAGUCUUUUCCCUUUUCAAAGGGCCUAGCCCCCCAGUCUCUCCCACUGCUUCUCCAGUACAAAGUCCAACUCAUGCCCCAUCUGUGCGAUCCACUAGUAGUGGCGGCAGGCAACUGCCAUCUGUGCCUGGUGGUCCUACAUCAGCUGCAGCAUCCCAUGGGGCUCAGGCACCUCAAAGAGCAGUUUCGCCACGUCUCAUACGACAGCAGUCCUCCCAAGAUUCACCGGUGAUGGUGAUAACUCUCAGUUCAGAAACAACUAGUCCUGCCAAGCCACUUACUGUAAAUUCUUCCACUUCGCCUUUGUCAUCACCAACACAAGCAAGUUGUAAAACACUUUACAGCUCGCAUCCCUCUUCGACAAGUUCGCCAACAUCACCUCAAAAACACCUAUCUCAACAGUCCCUGAAACAUUCUUCUCAGAUGGCUCAGAAUGUUGAAAAAGUUAAUGUUGGUAUAAGUGCUGGAUCUGUGGAGAUAUCGCUAGGUAAAAUUUCAAAUAUUCAAGGCACUUCAAAGGUUGUAGGUCAGGGUGAAACACUUCUUGGAACUAAUAUUGUGGAUUUGAGGGCCCCAAUGAGGCCAGCUCCAAUUAUAAUGACAGACCAGGGAAUGGACCUAACAUCCCUUGCCUCUGACACAAGACGAUACUCUUUAGGAGCAGAGCAGCCGGCUGGUAGACACACAGCAGUGCAACCUCUUAUCAUGAACCUAAAUGCACAAGAGCAACCACACGUAUCUGUAUCAACGCCAACCACAGUGAGUGUCACAGUCGCAGGUUCAACAUUCAUAUCCCAACCAAAGCAGCCUGUCGUGUAUGGAGAUCCAUUACAAAACCGUGUGGAUCUUGGGCAAGGUGUUGGAUCAGCUGUCUGUUUAACCCAAAGUAAGCCACCAAUCACAGACCCAUCUAUUCCCAAAAUUGAUGCCUGUCUGGAGAAUCUGGGUAUACAACAGCAACAACUGCAGUUACAGCAGCAGAAGCUGCUUCAGCAGCAACAGCUUCUGGAACAACAGCUCCAGCAGCACCAGCAGCAAUCCUCUUUUGCUCGUUAUAAUUUGGCUAAUCAAGUCCAGCCACUGCUGAUAAAAAAAGACCUUGUAGUGAACCAGACAAGCAGUGCCCAGCCUGGAGUGACUGCUAGUGCCAUACCUAGAGUCUCCCCACUGGCUCCACCAUCAGUUUCUGGGGCUCCUGCUUCUAAUAUUCCCCACGAAUUGUAUGGUGGAGUUGCCUUAGAACUAAAAAAUAAGCCAACAGUAAUGAACCUGUCCACAGGUAAGCCCCAUGUGAUGAUGGUGCACCUUGAUGAGAGUAAUCCAUCACAAAGUGGCACAGUGACUCAACUGAUAAAGCGAGAGGAACCUCCUCCCCCUCCUCAGGUCUUGGAUCUUACUGGACAGAUCAAACCAGAAAACCAGGUGGCUUGUUGUGAUGUUGUUUACAAAUUGCCCUUUGGUGGUUCCUGUUCAGGGUCACUCACUCAGAAGUCUACCACAGUAUCCUCAGAUAAAAACACGACCACUGAAAGCUCUCAAGCAGCCCAUCCUCCCCAGUCACCUCACUACAGCAUUAGCCAACAACAACAACACCAGCCUCAAGUUACACAAGGAAUGACAGACGAACAUAAAGCAUACCAAACACCCAUAGUCCCCUCAGGAAGAAUACAGCCAUCCAUGUCGGAUACUAAUCUGCCUUCCAUGACUGAUGCUAGCCACUACCAGAAUAAUCUCCAGGGUGGUAUGGCAGUAGAUCUUAGCAGUAUAAAUCAGGUUUAUGAAGGUGGAUACCUUGGCAUGGGAGCACAGUAUGGUUCCUACACAGACUUGCGUCACCAAGGAGAUCUCGGAGGCCCUUCGUUACCCCUUCGCCGAUAUGGCUCCAUGUCAAAUAUCAGUUCAGACUAUGCCUACAGUUCACGUGACCUAACAGUAUCACAGGACUCCAAUUUGGCUCAGUAUAGUGCGACCACUGCCAGGGAGAUCAGUCGCAUGUGUGCAGCUCUUAACACAGUGGAUCAGUAUGGGAACCGGUAUGGAACUAAUGCAGAAUUACCAUAUGGGGCAGGAAGGGGUGGACCUUUAGCAAGGUUAAAUCUCCAGCAAAGCUUAGCAUCAAUAAGAGCAAAUUUACUCUAUGGACCAGAUGGAAGACCAACAGCAAAUGGCCAAACCCUAACAAAUCUAAUAAAUGCUAGACAAGCUAGCAUACGCGCCUUGUACCCUGCUGCUUUGAGGGGAGGUGAUGGAAUGAUAUAUUCUACCAUAAAUGCUCCCAUUGCCUCUACCUUGCCAAUUACUACACAGCCUGCCUCUGUCCUGCGCCCCAUGCCGAGAGGAAUUUACAGAUCGUACCCUACAGGUGUAACUGCUGUACCAUUGGCUAGUCUUACAAGGUUGCCUCAGUUGACUCCCAGGAUGCCUCUGUCCACGCAGGGAGCAUAUUCAUACCCUCCUCCAAACCAAUAUCAAACGUCUGCCACACCAUCAGGAGGUAUGCCCGUGGUAAGCAGCUCCCACCAAGAAACUCCAAUGUACCUUGGAAAGCCUUUAACAACAGUUGCUCCACAAACAGUUACAACAAUUGCACCAUCACAAACUGCAGUACAAAGUGUUGUUGCCACUGGGAUGUACACAACAGCUGAUCAUCAAAUAGACCACUCUAAGCUCUCAUCGCAGAGUAUUACAGCUCUCUCUCAAGCUCAAAGCCAGCCUUCAACUGUCCAGCCAGUGCAGGCACAGCAGUUGCCUGCUCAAACUGAGCCUUUAUCCCUCACUCAAACCCAAACUCAAGCACAACCUGUCAGUCAGCCUCAACAGUUAGUUUUGCCGCAAAGUCACUCGCAAGCACCACCACAUGGUUCUGCACAAGCACCAAGCUCCAAACUUUCUCCACCCACAGAUGCUCAGAAAGGUAAGGAAGAUGAGAGACUGAGUCAGCAACAAGAGCACAUGCUGCAGUUAGAACGAGAACGGGUUGAACUAGAGAAAUUACGACAGUUACGUCUGCAAGAGGAGCUUGAAAGAGAUCGUAUGGAGCUUCAGCGUCACAGAGAAAAAGAACAGCUCCUGGUUCAGCGUGAGAUCCAAGAGUUGCAGACGAUCAAACAGCAAGUCCUACAGCAGCAGCAAGCUGAGCGCGAAACGCAGCUCAUUAUGCAAAGGGAACAACUAGCUCAACAGAGAAUGCAGCUUGAGCAAAUCCAGUCAUUGCAGCAGCAGCUCCAGCAGCAGUUGGAGGAGCAGAAAAGGCAAAAGACAGCAGCAGUGGAGGCAGCAGCGGCAGCUGUGGCGGCUGAAGCUGCUGCUGCAUCUGCUGCAGCUGCAGCAGCAGCAACAUCUGCCCAAGGUGCUAUACAAGGUGUUGUUGUUGGAGGAGGUCCCCCUCAAGGGUUUAUUAUUUGUGACCAAAGUGGUAGAGUUAUUCAGCAAGAUGGACAGAGUGUUCAGUUUUGGCAAGAUGGACAGCUGGUCCAAGCCGUGGUGGCAGCUCGACCUAUUCAUAGUUCAGCCUCUGAAAUGUCUUUAAAAAGCAGUGACAAACAGGUUGACUCUAAGAUUAUGAAAAAGCAGAAUUCCAUGCCUCGGCUGAGGGAUGGCUCAGAGGAGGACUCUGUGAAAAGGAUUACAGACAGCUGUGUGCAAACAGAUGACGAAGAUGGAGAGGAAAGAUUCAUGAACAGGCGCAGGAGAACUCGGCGAAUUGCAGACUGCAGUGUACAGACUGAUGAGGAGGACCAGGCAGAAUGGGACCAGCAGCCCGUAAGGCGCAGGCGAUCACGUGCAUCCAAGCACUCUGAAUCUAGCGGUGAGGCUAAAUCUGAAGGAUCAUCCAAAGUGGUUUCUGCAAGCAUAGCUAUUCAGACCACAAAUGAUUCAUCAUGCCAAACAGAACCUGACCAACUAGGCAGGGUUUCGCCUGCAAUCCACAUUACAGUGGCAGAAACCUCAAAGGUUGACCUGUUACAUUACAUUGCGGCUCCUGAAAGAACGCACAAAGGAGAGAGUCUGGCCUGCCAGACAGAACCAGAGUCUCAUUCCCAGGGAGUGGUCGCCCCUCAGCUAAGUGUGCCCACAACUAUCAGCCCCUACUCAACAAGUCUGCAUAUAGUAGGAGCAAACACAUCUGACCCAAUCUCCCCUAGACUCCAAGGAGUUGUUAAGUUUGAGAGGAGGAAACCAGACCCCUUGGAAAUCGGCUAUCAGCAGCAACAGAAUGAGUCUCAUUCUCGCCAGCCCCCCAAAUCUCCCCAAGUGCUAUACUCCCCUGUAUCUCCGCUGUCUCCUCAUCGCAUGCUAGAGACAACAUUUGCCUCACAGGAGAAGCUUAACAAGGCCCACGUAACGCCCCAGCAAAAGGCCUUCACCGCCGAGUCACCCCAACGCCACCAGACUCUACCAAGACCCAUAAAAAGUGUGCAGCGUUCGAUGUCGGAUCCAAAGCCUCUCAGUCCUACAUCAGAGGACCCUGUCAAGACCAGGUUCUCCCCAUAUCACCAACAAGCUGUGUCCAACAGUCAGCAGAUGGCCUCCCUGCAGCAGCAGCAGAACUCUCUGAUGAGGAAAAUAAAGAGGACUCUCCCCAGCCCCCCACCAGAGGAGACUCCACUUCCCAUUGUUACUCCAGCACAAAUGUACAGCUCUCCUGGCAUGCACCAGAGGGUCCUUCCAAGACCCGCCCAGGGUGUCACCAAGGCUGGCCUUCUGAGCGAACUAAAAGCUGUGGAACAAGAGUCGUCGAAGCUUCGUAAGCAGCAGGCUGAACUGGAGGAAGAAGAAAAAGAGAUUGAUGCCAAGCUACGCUAUUUGGAGCUAGGCAUUACACAACGAAAGGAGACUAUGGUGAAAGAGAGAGAGAGGAGAGAAUUGGCCUACCUGCGAUGUAUGGGUGAUGCCCGAGACUACAUGUCAGACAGCGAGCUCAAUAACCUUAGGAUUGCAGCUGCAACUGGAACCUUUGACGCUAAUGGUUUGCUGACAAGGCCCAGCACUGCCCCACUGAGUCAGUUUACGAAUGAUCUCACUGCAACUUCCCAGUAUCCCUCAACUUCAUCUUAUAUGUCUUAUCCAUACCCUCAAACAUCUACACAGCAACCAGGCUCCACUUACCAACAGAUAGGUUUCCAGCCUCCUCAGUACCCUUCAUCCUCUGCACCCCAGCCUGGAACAUUCCAGCCACAUCCCCCACCAGGCCCUGGAUAUCAGAACCAGGGAACUUAUUCCUCACGCAUGUAUGGCCAGUCCUCUUAUCAGACAGACAUUGGCAUGCAACAGCAUGGUCACCAGGGCUUCCAUUCACCUGCUCAACCUAUGCCAGGACAGAGCCUUCCUUAUCCCACUCACAGUUCCUACCAGCCUGGCCUCUCCUAUCAGCCCCAGGCUGAGAUUCUCACAGUCCAUCAAAGACCAAGGCAAACAUCUUUGGCUGACCUUGAACAAAAGCUUCCCACCAAUUAUGAGGUCAUCAGCAACCCUGCAGUAUCUGUGGCUACAUCAGCUCCAGAUAGCAGCUAUGGUUCAGCUUAUGGCAAUGCAUAUGGACAAUACCGCCCACCUGAGCCAGGCCUGACUCAUUCUGUGGAGAGCCCCACAUCUGCUUAUGCUACAGAUGGUCUCUACACGUCUAACUUAGAGCAGAGUAUUCCUAGGAACUAUGUCAUGAUCGAUGACAUCAGCGAGCUGACAAAAGACAGUGGGCAACCCACAGAUGCUCUAGGUCAUCCAGUCGGAGGGCGGUAUCGCAGUGAGAAUGGCCCCGCUCGAGGAAGUGCAUAUGGCAGGCCAGAUGAUGAGCCCGUGGACGCUUAUGGCAAACCUAUAAGUUCCACAGGUUACCAGACCACAGUGGACAGUCGCACUGGCACCACAGUGAGUGGAGGCUCUUCCUAUUACUAUGAUGAUUAUAAACACUCAUCACGCAGCAGCUCUAGCAGCCACAAAUUAACUUCCAAGAAUCUUGCCCCUGCCGUAGUCUCCUCUAAACGUAGUAAACACAGGAAGCAGGGAAUGGAGCAGAAAAUUUCAAAAUUCUCCCCUAUUGAAGAAGCACGGGAUGUGGAGUCUGACCUUGCCUCUUACACAAUGACAACAUCAACGGGGGGUUCCUGUACAGUGGUGUCCAGAUCCAAGAAGCUUCAGGAUGAUGCCACCUACGGGAUGAAGAAAAGUGCAUACGACCAGCAGAAAUAUUAUGGCACCAGUCGUGAAGGUCUUGAGGAAGAGGACCGCAUGUAUAGCUCUGGUAGGUCCAGGUCUACAGGAUAUGGUAUGGACAAGAUUUCUUCCAGAGAUGCCACAGGGCACCGGAGUAAAUCGUAUGAAAGAGAUGCUAUGGAGCGAUCUCAAAGAAGCAGCCGCAGUGGAAGGCCUCCUAUGCGCCAGAAUUCAGAAGAGGAGAGCCCGCUCAGUCCGGUUGGAAAGCCUGUCGGCAUGGGAAGAAGCUCUGGCAUAUCAGAAGCCCAUGACGUGCGAAACCAGUACGGCUCCAGCCAUUCACUUCCAGAUGUGCAGGACCAUCAUAAGAAGGACCUGCCCAGGAGUCAUGUCUAUAAACCAGAUGACCCUUAUCUUGUAGAUGACAUGCAUUGUGCUGUUUCUGACAGUGAAGCCUAUCAUUUGGGUCAAGAGGAGACUGACUGGUUUGAGAAACCACGGGAGGCUCGUUCUGAUCGCUCAAGACAUCAUGGAGGCGGGAGUCACUCGUCCACAGGCAGACGUAGUAAACAUACUUACCAUGAUUACGACGAGCCUCCAGAGGAAUACGGUCCACAGGAUGAGUACAACCAACGCCACUCAUCCUCCACACCACGGGACCACCGUCACCACAGCAGCACCCCUGGCAGACACAGCUCUUCCCGCCACUCCACAGAAGACUCCAGGUCCUCUCGGUCUUCCAGGACACACCCCAAAGACCCAUCUGGCCGUUCUGAUGGCCGGAAUUCCUCAUCUUUACAAAGAAGGAGCGGUGCAGACUCACGUUCUGCCCAGGGAAGCCCUCGGAACUCAGGAGACUUCUCUCGUGACUCCGGUCAUCACCAUGGCACUGCAGGAAGGAGUCAGAGGGGACAAGGAGAUCGCUCAACGUCCCGGAGACAGGAUCCCACUGCAACAGGGCCUAAACCACAGCAACAGCAGACCUCUCAGGGCCAUUCUGGACAGCAGCGGUCAGGUGGGCAGGACCAGUCGGGGAGGCAUCCAGGCUCUGAGCCACUUGAUGGUACCCAACAUGCUCAGCAGCAGCACCAUCAGCAGAAUGCACAGCAGCAGCAGCAGCAACAACAGCAACAACAGCAGCAGCAGCAGCAGCAACCGCUGCAGCAAGGCCAGAUACAAAGCAGUCAGCCUAUACCAACAAGUGCAGGGGCUGGACCAGCACAGCAGCAGCCAAAAGCUGGCCAAGCUCCAGCACAGGGACGACAGCCUGGAGUAGGGUCGGCAGCAGGGCAACCACCUGCAGCGGCAAAAAUGGAUACCACGCCUGCAGCAGCUGCCACAGGAAUGAAACCUACAGCAGGAAUCCCAAUAGCACCUCAGCCUACCAAAAUAGCCACGCCACCUCUAACAGGCAUUGGCUCCAAGGCUGCCCCCGUUGGGAUCGGUAGCAAACCGGGAGGUAUAGGCAGCGCUGCAGCAGGCCAGGCACCUGCUGAAGGGGAGAAUGUUCUCACCAAAAUACUGCAAGGAGGAGCUGCAGAGCAAGCAGGAAAACUGGGAGAUGCUUUGUCCGGCCUUGGGAAGAAGUUCACUUCAUUCUGGUGAACUGUAGAGAGGAGGGGUUUGCAGAGUGGAAAUAAGUUGGAUUGGUAGCUUUGUACUGGAAAAACCUAUGAAACUGCUUUAAUACAUUUCACUUUUUAGAGGACAGGGAGGAAUGCUGAAUGCAUCAAGGUGGAAUCAAAGGAUGCCUUGUCAGCACUCAAUUCCCCAGACAUGGGCGCAUGACUGAAGUGGAUUAAAUAAGGGCGAUCGCUUCGUCAGCACAGUGUUACAAGACCUGAGCAGAGGGCUGAAAGUGGAUAAUGGUCAAUAAUAAUGAGGAUGAGGCAAACUGGAAAGAGCAAGUCAUGCCUCCCAUCCUUUUUUAAAAAAAGAAAAAGUCCUCCUGGGAUCUGUGUGACAGUAAAAGCCCCACUAACUGAGGCAGGUGGAUAUCAUAGGGGAAAGUCGGCAUGCUCAUCCUUGCGUGUCCCUCCUUUGAAGCAGCUCAAUGAAGAAAGCCUCACAGCGCCCUCUACAGGGGUUUUAAUGUGACACCACUCAUGUCUUUCAAGGAUACUUGAUUCUACUUUGAUGCCUUCAGAGUAUUUUCAUGCAAAACAUGGUGGAAAAUCAAGAAAAAGAAGUCAGAUUUCAUAGGUUUUACCUUGUACCAAAGAGACCAAUCUUAGCCCUAAAAGGCACCACAUAUCUGGAGCAGAACCUGCAUAUCACGACAAUGACGACCAACCUGAUGACGCCACUAAAACUCUUCAAGGCUUGGUUUCUCUGAUCUCUACAGUACAUUCCAGUAUAGGGAAAAUGACCCUGUCUUUGAAUGUGUUUUUAUUUGUCUUUUAUUUUGUUGUUGUUUCAGUGUCUACAGAAUGCAUUGUGUAAACGUGGACAUGAGAAUGCACGCACAAAUGAAAAACUGCAAAAAAGAAAAAAAAAAAAGCCCAUAU